UCCGUCAAGCCGCCGCCCGGAUCCACAUCACACUCCGCCUCUCCGCUCACCCCGCCGCCAGCUUCGUCCGACGACCUCCAGCCCCGCCCGACGGCCUCCAGCUUCGAGUCGACGACGUCCGCAUCGUCCUCAACCCGACCACCCCGAGCAAGUCCACCUCGCCGUCGACCUCCAACUCCUCCUCUCCGUCGGCUUCCAACUCCGCACCUGUCGAGUUCGUCAUCAUCAAUUCCAAGAUGCUGCGGAGGUUUAGUGAGGUUAUGGGGUCAAGGACCAUUCUUCGCACAGCCACCGCAGUUCAGGCUACCAAGGCCCAGCACCCCACAUCUCCUUUGAUCCCGGGGUUUGGAGCAGUGACUCGUGCUUUCAGCUCAAGGUCUCUCUGGAAGGGAGCUUUCGUUGAUGCUUUCCUGUCUAGGAUAAAGAACAAUGGAGGAGCAAUGAAUGGCAAGAAGAUUUGGUCUCGUAGAUCUUCAAUUUUGCCGGAAUUUGUUGGUUCUUCUGUGCUCAUUUACAAUGGGAAAACUCAUGUUCGUUGCAAGAUUAAUGAGGGGAAGGUUGGCCAUAAGUUUGGUGAGUUUGCUUUUACGCGGAGACGGAGACCCCAUCGAACAACUAUAGCAAAGGGCAAACAAGUAAAGGGCAAAAAGUAAAA